AUGGGGGCCAGAUACCUUUCUCACAGCGACGUCAUCCUACCGAUGCAGGACCCCUACAUGACUCAGAUCGUCGACGGAAGCAAAAACUACGACAUUACACAUGUCUGUGAAACACAGUGCGCGCGGACGCGAAAUCCUGGUGAUCGUCCGCUAGAAGAAAACGGGCUGGGGAAUGCCGAAUACAACAAUAGACACAAAGACUGGGAUGGCUACGAUUUUGCUUACAAGAUAGUCACUGUCUGUGAACUCCGGCAACCGAUCACGUUGAAGGAAAUGAAGGAGAAACACGGGUUCAAGUCGGCACCGAGGGGUCUUGUCUAUCUACCCAAGUCGAUUAACGAUAGUGUUGAUUUGAAGAAACAGAAGUUGUUGCUUGAUAGGAGGAAUUAA